AGUCAGCUUCGUUCAAUCAAUAUCUACUACUGUCCUAAGGAAUAGAAAGAAAUCUCUACUCCGGAUGUUUAUAACCUAACUGCAAGCCCAUUUAUUUUAAUUCUGCAAUAUGGAAAAUAAUUCUGAAAAUCGAUUUAGAAAAACAAAUAUGAUAGACGUACUGCCAGAAAGAGGUGAACAAGAAAUAGCCCUAUCGGAAAGUUCUUUGAGAGAUGCUACGGAAACUAAAUAUGUUCCUGCAUAUAUUCAACCCAUUGAGGAUGAUUACGAACUUACACCCAUUCAAAAAUUUUACAAUGAUCAAAGUAUUUUUAUAACUGGUGGAACAGGAUUCAUAGGGAAGUUAUUGAUCGAGAAAUUGUUAAGAGAAUGUCCCGGUAUCACUUGCAUUUACCUAUUGAUACGUGCAAAAAAAGGAAAAAGUGUGCAUCAACGCAUGAAAGAACUAAUCGAAAAUUCUUUAUUUUCCACUUUGAGAGAGAAACAACCAACAUUCCAGAAUCGUAUUGUCCCAAUCAAGGGCGAUUGUACCUUACCGAAUCUCGAUAUAUCAAUGGUCGAUAGAGCUACAUUAAUACGCGAGGUCUCAAUUAUUUUUCAUGUCGCCGCAACCGUUAAGUUCAAAGAGAAAAUAAAAUUGGCGACAGAAAUCAACGUUCGAAGUGUAAAAGAUAUAAUAAAUUUGUCCAAAGAAAUGUCAAAACUGAAGAGUGUUGUGCACGUAUCAACGGCUUAUUCCAAUUGUUUUCAUAUUCCACUUGAGGAGAAAUUUUAUGACCCACCGAUAGAUCCUGACGAGUUGAUAAAUUUGGUGAACUGUAUAAAUGAAAAAUUGCUCGACAAUAUUACCCCACAAUUACUCGGAAUAUGGCCAAAUACUUAUGUUUAUACGAAAACAGUCGCAGAGAAUCUUAUAAGAAAGCAUGCUGACACUAUACCGAUUGGAAUAUUUCGGCCAGGAAUGGUGAUAUCCACUUAUCGAGAACCUAUUCAAGGGUGGAUCGACAACGUGUACGGACCAACAGGAAUCACAACAAAUGUUUUUAUGGGAUUAAUGCGAAUUCACCAUUGCGAUGGAUCGAUAAAUAUGGAGAUAGUACCUGGAGAUUUGACCGCUAAUGGAAUAAUCGCUAGCGCAUGGGAUAUUGCAAAUAAUCGAAAAUCCAACGAAGAUAUUCCCAUUUACAAUUACGUAUCAAAGGACAAUUCAUUCACUUUCGGAAGCUUUUUGGAAAAGAUACUUACAUAUGGAGAAUUGGUACCGUCUGAAAAGGCAAUUUGGUGUCCCAUCUUUGACAUAACAAAAUAUCGAUCGAUGUAUCUUUUCUACGUAUAUUUUUUACAUUUACUACCAGCUCUUAUAAUCGAUACACUCUCUUUGUGCACGGGUAAAAACCCAAGGUUACUCAGAAUGUAUAAUAAAAUUCACGAAAUGACAGAUAUAGUUAGUUAUUUUUGUAUUAACGAAAAAAAAUUUACGAAUGAAAGAUGGAACGAAUUGUUGAAGAAGUUAACGCUCGAAGAUCGUGAAUUAUUCUAUUGUGAUAUGAAGGAUCUCGUUUGGAAUACUUAUUUUGAAACAUACUUCACAGGUGUAAGAAAAUAUAUCUUAAAGGAUCCUAUUGAAACACUCCCACAAGCUCGUAUAAAAAGGCGAAGGUUUUAUCUGAUGCAUCAAGGAUUGAAACUUCUUAUCGCCUGUGUCCUAUUUAUCAUCACAUGGACUAUGAUGUCCAGGCUACUUGUAACAUUUGGAUCUCCGUAAAAGCAAAUGAAUGAAGGUCAAAAGUAAUCAUAAUUUAGGCUAUCGCCUAUCAAUAAUUUCUUGAAUGAAAAUAAAUCAAAAUUUAACGGUUUUUAUUCUUGAAAUCUCGGACAGAUUUGUGGGCUAGAACUUUUUCCUUAUAUACUACGCCAUUUAUUGCACAUAAUAUAUGCUUAUUUUUUUAUAUUUAAUUUUUAUUAUGGCCGAACACUUAGCUACAAGUUUCAUUCCUAAACUUCAUUGAAACCAUAUAUCACUUUUUUUGCAUUUUCUCUUUCCUAGUAAAAAUGAAAGUAAAAUGAAUAAGACAAUAAUUCAAAGUUCAUUCGACAAAUACGUAUUUCGGAAUCAUAACUGUUGAGUUUUGUUGCCGAAAUAUUUAUUGAUUCCGUUUUUGCUGGUAAAUUCAUUACUUCGGACUUUUUUGUGAUGAAAGUGUGUCAAUUUUAAUUAUGCAAAAUGGGAAAUAUUUCUGCAAUAAGUAAAAUAUAUAUGGAUUAUAGUCCUAUCCCAUAUUUCUCACAUAUUAACACAUUUAUGAAAAGUGUUUUUCGAUCGUGAUGUUUAGCUGAAUACCUCAUAUAAUUUAAAAAAAUCUAUAGGUAAAUAUUGAAAGAUAGAAAUAUAUAAAUGUAUAUCAAUAUAAUAAAAAUAUUAUCUCCUGAUAUCAUAUUUACAAUUAUUUGUCGACUAAAAAAGGGCUGAUACGAUCAAAAUAAAACGUUCUUAUACCAAAUAAAUAAGAGUAUUUAUUAAUAAAAAUAAAUUGAAAAAAGUCGGAAUGGAUUUCUAACAGAUGUAAGGAUAAAUGGUGGUUUGAAUUGAUUUGGAGAAAAUCUAUAAUAUUUCUUUAUGAAAUAGGGAACAAUCUUCUUUAUCCUGGAGUUCAUGUUGAUUUAGUAGUUACAUUAUUAUAGAAAGUUGUAUGAACAAGAUUAAUAGAAAAAUAGAGACCAAAUAGAAACAAAAAUUAUUCUAGAAAAUGCGGGUUAAAUAGUAUCAACGAAAGGUAUAUGUGCAUCAACAGAAAUGGAUUAAAAAAUUGUUAGAAUAAUAUGAAAUUAAUUAAUGCGAUAUUGUUGCAUUGCAUUUUGAUACGAAUAUGUAAAUGC